CUUUCAAAUAGUGUACUUCGGACGGUUAUUUUGCAAAUUAAACAAUAUAUUAUUAAAUAUUAGUGCUUAUAUUUCAUUUCAGUCAAAUUAAUUUGCUUCAAAAUUAUUGUAAAAUUGUAGUUUUAUAAAUUCUUUCAUUGUAUUUGCAUAAUUUUUCAAAAAUUUUACAACUAUCUUCUGAUAUUCAUAGUGUUUUACAAUUAAAGAAAAAUAGAAUAAACAUAAUUUGUAUAUAAUUGUGUUAUUGUGUUAAGAUUUUUCUUCAAGGAUAAAAUUUUUUUUCAUAAAACAACGAAAGUUGCAGCAACUUUUGAAGAAUUAUUCGCCUUGGGGUAAACCAGGUGGUGGUGCUCCUUGUGCUGCGACUCUUAGAAAGAAAAACGUCCCUCUAGAACCUCUGGAACUAUCAAAGUGUCACGAUUUCGGUCAGAUCCCCUGCACACAUUUGAUCGAAACGACAAGGGAAGGAGGAACAACCGCGAGUACACCCGCAAUUACAAUCAUCCCAAGAAUCCGGCGUAUCUUGGAGGGAGGAGCAAGGAAGGAAGAAGGGAUCUACCUGGCCUCGAGCAGCACUUCUUCCACCCCCGCGAAAGGAACAAUCGAUGGAAUCGACGUAGAAUCCACUCCACACGAAGGUGAAGGCGCCAACCAGCGCCUCCUCCUCCUCCUCGCACGGUUAGCGAUGAGAAUGAGCGUCGUGCGCGAAACAACGUUCGAUCACCGCUCGCCUGGAAAGUAGACGAUGCCCCACAACCUCUCCUCCCGUCGUUCCCCUGUGUUCGUGCUCGCCCCGUUCAAUCGAGGACCCCGCACGAGUGGGUGAGUUGGGGGGGCGAUCGCGGCCAGCAAUCAUGCCGAUCGAACUAGAGGCCAAUCGUCACUAGAAGCGGAUUACGAUGGCCAGCACGACGGGGACGAUUCGCCUUGGUGCUCGCGCGUGCUAGUGACUUGCCAGUGUCAAAGUGGAAUUAUACUGGUGUGGAUCGGGAUGCCUGUGCGACGGGUCGUUAUCUUCUCCCCCCACGCGUUCUCCUCGAUGGAUCGCAGCCAACCAUGGAAACGAGAAACCAACGAAGCAGAAGGAUCGAAGCACGAGGAGGAUCGCGUUGACGAACGGAGGAGGUCGGCGAUGACGAGGAGGAGGAGAAGGUGUUCGAGGGAACGGGGGAGAAAAUUUUUCAACCGGGCGACACGACGCGCCCUCGAGCUGAUCCUCCACCUUCUGCUGAUCCACAAUUUCGCCGGGACGGGGGGGGCCGCGGGCCAGAUAGCCGAGUGCCCUCCCCCUGAAACCAUCCCCGGCUGCCCCUGUUACAACUUCGACGACGGCCUUUUCCUGGAAUGCGCUGGCGCCACCGAGGACACCCUGAGGAGCACCCUGCUAAGCGUUCUGAGCGUGUCCGGAGCAGGUACGAUGGUGCAGUCGUUGAGCGUUUACGAGUUGGACAAAAGCGUGGAGGAGUUGAAGGAGGGCAGUUUCCCGGCUGGUUCCCAGAUCAGGCAUCUACAGAUAUCCCACUCCUCCCUUCGAGAAAUUAGCGAGGGCGCGUUCGCGAAUCUCAAGGACAGCCUGGAAUCGUUGGCCCUGCUCUCCAGCCGUUUGCUCCACGUGCCGCAAAAAUCGUUGGCCGAUCUGCGUAAAUUGGCCGCCCUCGACCUCGAGGCCAAUUUGAUACAAGAUUUGUCUUCCUAUUGCUUUUACGGGUUGAAACUGAUGAAACUUACUCUCAAGGGUAAUCAGAUAUCAAAGAUCUCCGAGUACGCGUUCGCGGGAUUGGAGGACAGCCUGAGCGAUCUCGACUUAACCGAGAACAAGCUGAAGCUGUUCCCCAUGGCGCCGUUGAGAAGAUUAGAGAGCCUCGCCUCGCUGAGGCUCGCGUGGAACGAGAUAUCGGAGCUGCCUGACGAUAGCUACAGCCUUCUCGGCUCCCUAUUGAUCCUCGACUUGAGCAGCAACAAUUUUGAGAAAUUGUCCGAGGACUGUUUACGAUCGUGCCCUAUCCUCCACACUCUCUCGUUCUAUUACAAUUCUAUAGAGACGAUCCACAAGGACGCGUUCGUCUCGUUGAAGGAGCUCGAGUCGAUCGAUCUCAGUUACAACAAGAUCGUGUUCCUGGACGUGGCCACGUUCAAAGGGAACGAGAGAUUGAGAAACAUCGAGUUGAGCAACAAUCACAUUCAUUACAUAGGCGGUGUGUUCGCCAGGUUGCCCGAGCUUCGAGAGCUUUAUUUGGCGGAGAACAACAUUCUGGAAAUCCCGGGGGACGCGUUCAUCGGGAGCGUGAGCCUGGCCGUUGUCUAUCUUCAACAGAACGCCAUCAGAAGGAUCGACGGGAGAGGUUUGACCGACCUCAACCAAUUGGCCCAAUUACACCUGAGCAACAAUUACAUCGAGAAGGUGCCGCGAGAAUUCCUCGAGCACUGCGAGAAUCUUUCCUCCUUGUCCCUGGACGGGAACAAGAUCCACGAGCUUCAACCGGGCACGUUCUUAAAAUUGCACCAACUCAGGGAGCUGCGGUUGCAGGACAAUAACAUAACCGAGGUGAAAUGGGGCGUCUUCUCGCCCCUGCCCUCGUUGCUCGAGCUCCACUUGCAGAACAACGCCAUCACGGAUAUGGAGACAGGGGCGUUGAGUACGUUGAACAGUCUUCAACACGUCAAUCUCCAAGGAAAUCAGCUCACCGUUCUGGGGGACGUGUUCCAACUGUCCGCCUCGGAAUCCUCCUCCGGUGGUAGCUCGUUGGUCUCCAUUCAAUUGGACAGCAACGGUCUGGCCGUGUUGCACAACGACUCUCUCCGUGGCCAGGCAUCGGUCAGAAUCAUGUGGCUCGGCCAUAACAAACUGACGCAUCUCCAGGCGCCGUUGUUCAGGGAUUUGCUGCUCGUCGAGAGACUCUACUUGACCAACAACUCGAUAUCCAGAAUAGAGGACGGCGCCUUUCAGCCUAUGCAGGCGCUCAAAUUUCUCGAGCUUAGUAUGAACAAGCUCAGCCACGUCACGGCGAGGACGUUCUCCGAGUUGCACGAAUUGGAAGAAUUGUAUUUGCAGGACAACGGUCUAAAACGGUUGGAUCCGUACGCCUUGACCGCUUUGAAGAAGUUGAAGGUACUGGAUCUCGCCAACAAUCAUCUCACCGUCCUUCACGACGCCAUAUUUCAAGAGGGUUUGCCGAUCAAGACACUGAAUUUAAAGAAUUGUUCCAUCGUGAGCAUAGAGGACGGAGCUUUCAAAGGGCUCGACAAUUUAUCCGAUCUGAAUCUGGACGGCAAUCACUUGACGGUUUCCGCGUUGUUGAAUCUUCGCGUGUCGGGUCUUCGAACGUUGGCCGCAUCCGGGAACAACUUCAGUCAAAUAUCGGAGCGCAGCUUGAACGGGUUACCGUCUCUCCAGGAACUGUAUCUGGACAAAGCGCAUAUCUCACAAUUACCCGAGGUUGUAUUCGUGUUGAAUCGGAACUUGGCACGGUUGCAUCUGAACGAAAACGAUCUACGCAAUUUGCCGCCGGGCAUCUUCGACAAGCUGGCUUCCCUCAGAGAGAUCCGUCUCGAUUACAAUCGGUUCCAGGAUAUACCGUAUUCGGCCCUUGCCAAUGCCCUUAACCUCGAGAUCCUCACGUUGUCCAAUAAUCAAAUCGUGAACGUGGACGUGGCCAGUUUCGCCAGUCUUAAACACCUGAGAGAAUUGGACCUCAGCCACAAUCGGAUCGAGACCAUGUCCGGCUUCGCAACGGCCAACCUCUCGUGCCUCGUCUCCGUCGAUCUCAGCCACAACCAUCUGAACGCGCUCCCGGCCAACUUCUUCGCCCAUUCUUCCAUGCUUCGCAAAGUGGACCUGUCCGAGAACAAAUUCAGGCAAAUCCCGUCCGUUGCGUUGUCCGGCCAGAAUCUUCCCGGGCUGACUUGGUUAAAUUUGACUAGAAAUCCGUUGAACAGGAUUCACGUCCUCCCCUCGGAGGCGAAAUACCCCGUCCUCCAAGAAGUGCACAUAUCGGGCACGAAUCUGAGUAUAGUAACGUCUCAGGAUUUCGAGGCGUUCCCCGCCCUAUUGCAUUUGUAUCUGAGCCAGAACAGCGUAUCGAGGGUGUCCCCGGGUGCGUUCAGAAGCUUGCCCAACCUCUUAACCCUGCAUCUGGGAAUGAACAGCUUGGACAUCUUGCCCAAAGAGAGGCUACAAGGGAUGGAGCAUUUGCGGAUCCUGAAUCUGACGCACAAUCUGCUGAAAGAGCUGGACGAGUUUCCGGAGGACUUGAAGUCCUUGCAGAUAUUGGACCUCUCGUACAAUCAGAUCGGGAUUGUGGGCAAGGUGACGUUCAAGAACUUGGUCAGCCUGGUCGAGCUUCAUCUUUAUGGUAAUUGGAUCAACGCCAUCUCCAGCGAGGCGUUCAGACCGCUCAAGAAGCUGAGAUUGUUGGAUCUGAGUAGAAAUUACUUGGAGAACCUACCCUUGAACGCGUUCAGACCCCUCGAGACCCAGAUUCGGAGUUUACGCGCCGAAGAAAAUCCGUUGAUCUGUGGCUGCGAGUCGCAAGAGCUGUGGGAAUGGCUGAGGGAUCACCAAAAGCUGGUGAGCGGGGUAGGUGGCGGUCGCGGGCGCGGGAGGAACGGCGUCGGGGUCGGUGACGUGGAGGACGGUCUUUUAAAGUGUCAGCAACCGCCGGAAUUGCAGGGCCUGGUCUUCCUCGAUCUCGAUCCUCACGAGUUCUGUUCCGCCCCGUUGAUCCUCAAACUCGCGAUCCAAGACAUCCAACCGUUCUCGGUCCUCGUUUCCUGGCAAAGCAGGAACCAUUCGGGUCUCCACGGCUACCAAGUGGCCUAUCACGCGCUGGACAACGUGGACGAGGUGCGAGGGAAGCUGCUCGAUCCAAAGGCACGUUCGGUAAGAUUGACGAAGUUGGCCUCGGACACCAGGUACCUGAUCUGCGUGCUCGGGCUGGGCAGUUGGGGCACGUCGAUCCCGGAGGACAUUGGCUCUUGGCAAUGGAACGCCUCUCACGACGACGUGAUCGAGGGCUCGGCCCGCCCCGCCAUGGUCAAUUCGCUCACCAGUCAAUGCACGGAGGUGAGAACGUUGGACGCGCCCGACUCGAUCGUAGGCGACGGGACGAUGAGCGACAGAGGUGGCCUGGCCAACAUCCUUACGAGGAGGCUUGGCCUGAUAGUGGGCAGUUGCAUGGGUUUCGUGGUGUUCGUCGUGCUCAUCUCGGUGUUGGGCUACAUGAAGAUGAAGAAGCAAAGGUCGACCGAGAAGAGGGAUCAACCGCUUUCCUCCAAUCCCCAAGCGUACAUGUCCUACAGGCAUUUCUCGUUGCAAAGCGGAGACAGGGCUGACAACGCGUGUCCCAGUUUCAUCAGUAAUAUCGGGACCACCCCGUUGAACUCGUAGCACAAGCCGAUCGAGUCUCGAAAAGAGGCCGACCGCCGUUGCAUCGAGAUGAACAACUCGCCCAGGUGCGCGGGUAUCUUUGGCUAGCGACUAUAAGGAAGACUAUAAGGGAGUAUAGUGGACUACUGGCUGGCGCGGAAGGAUGAACAGUUUCGAUACGAUGGAUGUCGCCAGUUUCUCGUCCCGGUGCGCGGCUACAAUUUCGCGGGGAAUUUAGAUUGCUCAGUUUUCCAGAUGGAAUUUUUGGUUCUGUUCGGGGGGGCGAAGGCGUCCAUCCGCCGUGGACGCGAGCGAGCAAGGGAGAAGCAAUUAAGAGAAGUGCCAAAAACUGAUGCGAGAGUAGGUUUUUUUAACGAAAUCCAAUCGGUUAUAUAGUCGUUCAUAUCGUGACGCGCGUCUGUUAAUCAGGAAUGAAUCGGGUGUGACAAUGAGAAACGAAACGAAAUAGUGAACACGUGCCAAAUGUUCGAAGAGAGUUCGAGCAAAGGAAUUUGUUCGAGUGGCGAGACGCGAAAAUGAUUGUUGUCCUGUUUUUCUAAAUAAGCGUAAGGGGAGGAAAGAAAGAAAAAGAAAAAGAAAAAAAGAAAAAAAUACCGACUCUUAUCGACCAUUUACGCAAACCGAACAACGAUGUAAACGACCCCCUUUUUAAAACAUUCGAAUCUCUCCUACGAAGACUGAUUUUUUAAACGUCGUUUCUCCCCCUCCCCAACGAUCCUUGAAGAAAAUCAUCUUACGAAAAAAAAAGAAAAAAAAGAAAAGAAAAGAAAAGAAAAGAAAAAAAAAUUAAUCCCAUCAUUUCGAUGCUCGAAUAAUUAUAUAUUGUGUGUACGAUACGUGAGGAUUUUUUUGUAAAUAAUUAACGAUAACUUGAAAGAACUUGAUGCAACGUAAGACGAUACCGUAUCGUGCGUGUCGCGAGAAAAGAGUCCCUCUACAGCGCUGCGCAAGCAAUAUUACACUUAAUCUAAUCGAUAGUCCCCCGACGAUCAACGUUGGGAAGAAAAAAAGGUUAAUUGAAAAAAGGUUAAUUGAAAAAAGGCGAUCUCACAGAGGACGACGAGUUCGUUCGUUUCUUCUUUUUUCUUUCUUUCUUUUUUUUUUUUUUUUCUUUUUAUUCUACAAGUGUGACCACCGUCGUGAAAGGAUCCUUGCCUCGCACGGUGUGGUUCGAUCACUUUUUCCUCUCUCUCUCUCUCUCUCUCUUUUUCUCCCUCUUUCCUCUUUAUACCUCUCAUAUAAUCCUCCGCGUGUCGUCGAUCGUCCGGCAUACGGUAUUUUCACGAAUAAACGCGACCAAGUGCCGCGACACUCCUGCCAAGAAACGAGAGAACGGAGAAAAGCGCGAUCUCGAGUUGCCAAAUGUGUUAUACGGUGACGUUGUGGAUGAUGAAUUUACUGUAUAUAGAUAGAGGAUAUGUAUACACAUAGCAUUCUUUAUUAUAGGCAUAGGCUUUCGGUUAAUAAAAAUACACCAAAGCUCCA